AUGGGAGAUAUAAAUCGUUGGGGAGGAGGGGGAGGCGGGCAGGGAGGCCCCGGCCGCAGGAGCUCCAUCGACAGCCAGAGCAGCUUGUCCCAGCUGGGUGGAAGCGUCCCAGCACCUGGCCUACUGCGGGACGUCGGCGAUGGGAGCAGCACCUCCAGCGCGGGGAGUACAGAUAGUCCCGAUAACCCCCACCUCAAACCCCCUCCUCUCGGCUCCAAUGCCAGCCCUGGAUCCGGGUCCAGACCGGGAGAUGUGUGUGAAUCCACAGGCAGAAGGCACAGCUCCACCCCAGAGUACCACACCUUCCCCCAGUCCUGCCGCCCCCGUGGGGGGUCCCUCACCAACCUGGACCCUCGUGGCCUUCGGGGACACAGCCCAGAGAAACACAGCAGAUCUCCCACCAGGCUACCAUGUGACUCCCACCCCAAACCCUGCAGCUCUGACCUACUAGCCCAGAAACAGCUAUUGAUGUCAGGGCAGGCGUCACCAGGCUGCGGGAAGGGCUCAGCCAAGUCCAGCCCUGAGCUGAGUCAGAGACACAGGCCGGUCCAUGUGGCGGGGGCAGGUUGUGGGAGUCCUGAGGCCAAGCAGGCAGCGAUGGGGACGCCAGAGCACCUGAGGCAAGGGAGGGUGAUUGUGGGUAGUCCAGAGUCUUUACGCCGCCACCAUCACUAUCAGCACAGUCCCGGGGUGGAGCACGGCAAGGGGAGGUACAGCGGUGGCUCCCCUGGGAGGGACGGGGGUCAGAGGAGGGCAACAGGAGAGGAGAUGGCCCCCCACCACCAGAGUCUGUACAACGCUCUGAUAUCAGCUGGUUGCUGCACCAACUCUUGUAGGAGUGUAAAGCUUUGGGACAGCUUUGAUGCCUCCUGACGAUGACAUGCCUCUUGAUCAGAUGCUGCUGUGACACCACCCCUCCCCCAGAGAGACAAAGAGGGAUGAAUGGACGGAGAGACGAGUGGAUCAACGCGUAACCGGAUGGAAAAAUGAUUAUGAAAUUCAAAGUCAAGCAGUGAAGGGCGAGGAAGCAGAUGAGUGAAACAAGGCAACAAAGAGGCAAAACACUGGAAACACUUGAACACUCUCUGCCCUGUCUGCUGCUGCUGCUGCUGCUGCUAUGCAUUUCCUGUGGACCACCAGAAAAGACUGAAUGUCACUGUUGGGUCGGGCAGAGACUCGUCCCUGCGUUGCCAAUAUGACGAGAGGAAAAUAAACGAGACAGAAUCUUUGUGUUGCCAACAAAAUAGUCCUACCUCUUUGGAAAGACAGAGACCUUCAGGAUGGAAGAAGCUGUAUAUGGAAGAGUAACUUCUCAAUGCUAACCCCCGUCCUUCAAAAUCACAACGCCAGUGAUUAUUUUAAAACUUACUACCAACAUGUGAUGACGGUAACUACUUCUACACAGUCAUCGUGGAUCUGGAUUUAAAGCACAAAAGGAGUUAUUUCAAAGAGAAUGCUGUUUUAUUACAACUUGGGUCUUAUUUUUGUAGUUUUAGCUUUCAUUUCCUAUCAUUUGUGCUAACGUUGUACUCGCUAAAGUACUGUAUCUGCUAACACAGCAACAUUAUAGUCAAACAGGUCAUUGACAAGCAUUGAUUAGCUAGAUUAUCUAAAACCACUUGUGUGGUCAUUAGGGUUGGGCAACCGAGAGUGACAUUCACAUAUUCCCAAACGAACCACACCAAACUUCAAACGAAACGUGUGUGAACAUAUUUUUACUUUCAUCUAGAGCUGCAACAAUAUUUAUUUUAUUCACCAAUUUGAAUAUCUUAGAAUUUUGAGUAGGGAUGCACGAUAUGGAUUUAGCCUAUAACCGAUAAUUACCUGCUUCUCAUGACCAAUAUCGAUAAGAUAACCAGUAAUUUCGCAUUUUUGUAUUUAAAAAACAAAAAAGCUCAUAACCUGUAGUUUAUGCACAGCAAAGGUUGAAUCUAUAUGAC